UGUAGUAUCAUGUGAGAGUAUUGAGCUCAUAGUCGUUGCUUUAAUUUAUUUUUAUUAUUGGUUAUCAUUUUCAUUUUGUUAAUUUGUCUAUUUUUUUUUAAAUAAAAAUAGAAAUGGAUAAUAAUGAUAAAUUGCAAAUUGUCAAAGACGCUAUUAAAACAUAUGUUAAUUUUCCAAAAGAGGGAAUAAUAUAUAAGGACAUAUUUGGAGUGUAUCAAAAUGUCACGGCUAUGCGUGCAAUGAAUGAUUUACUCAUUGAUCAUGUUAAAUCAUUGCAAAAGGUUGAUGUGAUCGUAGGGUUGGAUUCACGUGGUUUUCUUUUAGGACCAAUACUCAGUAAUGAGUUUGGAAAACCUUUUGUUCCUAUCAGAAAGAAAGGAAAAUUACCAGGAAAUAUUCAACGUGAGAGCUAUACCUUAGAGUAUGGUGAGGCGACAGUCGAAAUUCAAACAGACAGUAUCAGUAACGGAAAAAAAGUAUUAAUUGUUGAUGAUCUACUAGCAACUGGAGGAACUAUGUCAGCUGCCAUAAAAUUAAUUGAAGCAAUUGGCGCCGAAGUUGUUGAGUGUCUCGUGUUAAUGGAAUUAAAUUCACUCAAUGGACGAUCAAAAAUAUCAGUACCUGUAUUUUCAUUAAUCCAGUACAAUUAAUAAAAAAUAAAAAUAUAUAAAGUUGUGAUAAAUUUUAUAAAUUUACAUUCCAAUGUAAAUAUUUUUAUAAUUAAUGGUCUUUUUCUACAAUUUUUAUCUCAAUUUUAAAUAAAUUUAAAAAUAAUAUCAUGUAAUUACUUUUUUUUUAUAAAAAUAUAAAAAUUUAAAAUAAAUCAUUCAGCAAAGUCAUGACGAAAAAAAGAUUUAAGGUGAAAG